AUGAUCGAGAUAGAAUAUAACGAGGAAAAAGCUCGUCGAUCGAGUAUAUUGAAAACAAGUGUCGAUAUUUCACUUCUUGAUUAUGUUCAAAAAUUGAUUACAUCACCGGAACUAGCAGAUGAAAUGUGGACGAAAGAUCUAUUGAGUGUGCUAGAAAAUUUUCUUUCAUCGAAGCGGCAAUAUCUUCUUAUUGCUUAUGUCGAUCGACAUACUUCAACUUUACAACUUCUGCAUUCGAUUCCAUCUAUGGCCAAGUCAAUUGAUAAAAUUUAUAACUUAUGUUAUUUUAUUCGUAAAAAUGAUUCAACUGAGUUUAUUACAUCGAUUGAUGCGUUUCUAAAACAGAUUCUAUUCGGAUUUAUUAAUGGAAAAUCUAUUCAUUGUUUAACAGCACUUGUAUCAACAUUAUUUGGACCAUUAUUUAUGGAUAAUAGCACAAUACAGGAUAUUAUCAAAAACGAUUUUGCCAGUGAACUCAACCAAUUUUUAGCCACAUUCUACGAAAUACAAUAUAAACAUAUAACAUCACGAACAUAUUUGUUUAUUCCAAAAGAUGGUGUUGAUAAAACCAUUGAAGAACUUCGUAAAGACAAAGCACUUGUGACAAGAUUUGAAAGCGUUAUGGUUAAGUGGUAUCAUCAAUUGAAAGAGGUACUCCUUGUUCAAGAUCGUUUAAUGAACAACAAUGAACAAUCGGCUGGUAUUCAUGAAGAAAUAAGUUGUUGGCAAGAAUGUCUUAUGGAUCUUCAUUUUAUUCGUAAACAAUUACAAAGAACAGAAUUACGAAAUAUAAUUCAAGUGUUAGUCGCAUCAAAAUCGGCUUAUGUUCACCAAUUUUUACAAGCUGAAAAUCAAGUUCAAGAAUUUAUUGAAUAUGUAGAAGAUUGUUUAAAAUUUUUAAAAAUUCUCGAUCAACCAUCUUCACAACUCAAUGAUAUAUCAUUAGAAAAAUUAAAAGAUGUGAUUACUGAUAUAUUCUAUCGAAUUUUAAUUACUUGGCAUCAUUCAAAGUUCUUUGCAACUUCUGCAAGAAUCAAAUUAGUCAUUGGCAAGGUCAACAAUCAAAUCAUUGGUCGAUGUACUCGUGCAAUAAGUGUUAAACGUCUUUUUCAAGGUUAUAUUAUUUCAACACAAAGUAUUCUUCAAGAAUCUUUUCAAAUAGUUGAUAAUUAUAUGGAAACAUGUUUACAUAUCUUGACUAUGCACGACAAAAAUUCAAACAAGCCAUUAAUGACAGAUGAUUUUCAAAAAGACGUUCUCUUCUAUUCAGUUCAAUUAUUUCGACAACGUCUAAAUGAAAUCGAUGAGAUUUGCGAAUGUAUGAAACUUUUUGGAUGGCAUAGAGAUAAUAAAAAAGAAAGUCUACCACUUUUUGGUGGUAUUCAAGGUGAUGAAUACCGACAUUCACUGGAACAAAGUCAACAAGCAUUCGAUCGAGCAUUAUCUAUUGUAAAACGAUAUUCAAAAUAUAUACUGGAUAUUUCUACGGAUGCUCAUUCAAUAUGGUCUCAGGAGUUCCAACGCUUUAUGGAAUCGAUUCAUGAAAUUGAAUUAAUUAUUGUGAAAUUAAUCAAUAAAUCAAUGACAAAAGCAAUCACUUUAGAACAAAUAAUUGAUAUUCUGCAAGUCUUUGCCAACUUUCAAUCAAGAACAAAUAUCAAUCAUGUUCUUAUUGAUAAAACUAGAGAUAUCUAUCGUCUAUUUCUUUCACAAAUCGACGACAUUCGUUCUCAAAUAGGUUCUCAUCAAACAUUAGAUGAUGAAAAAAUUGCUAGAACUUAUUUUGAUCUAUUUCUUCCUCAUCAUCCAGCCAAAGCUAUGUGGAUUAAUAGUUUAAUCGAACGUAUCACUAACAGUUAUCAUCUUCUUAACCAAUCAUCAAAUUUGCCAUUUGUCCUACAAAGAAAUGAAAUCAAAUUAGCCUAUGAAAAAUUAUUAAUCUUUGCUGAGAACAUUCAAAAACGGAUCUAUCAAGAAUGGUGGACGACAGCAAGUGAAUUGCAACCUAAAAAAUUAUUACAAAAACCAUUUUUAAAAGAAAAUACUGAAAAAAAACAUUUUAUUGAUGUUUAUUUUGAUCCACAAAUAACUAUUGCAUUGAAUGAAAGUGUAUGGUGGAUCAGAUUGAAUUAUGAAAUACCUUUUUCUUUAACUGAUGUUUAUAAUACGAGAAAAUCUUAUCGACAAAUGAAAGAAGAAACACAUGGAUUUAUUCGAAAAUUUAAUAAAACGAUCGAGUCUCUUGCCGAUCAAGAAUUGUGUCUAUUUGAAGAGCGUAUUCGAAUGAUUUUUAAAAAAUUACAACCGGCCUUUAUUGGUAGAGUGAACUAUGUGAAUGAAAAUACAUUUCAUGAUUUUGCUCUUGAAGCAAACCGGAUUAUUGAUCAGUUUAUGAAUAUGGUAACAUUAUUCAAAGAAAAUUAUGUUAAAUCUUGUGCGAAAUGCGUUACUAUUAGUCAAAAAUUAUUUAUUAAAAUUGAUCCGGGUAUUAUUUUUAAUUAUACAACAUUUACGGAUUUACUUAAAUCGGUUAAUCAAGCAAGUCAACAUUCGAUCAAUGACGUGUACGGAGAAAUUGCAUUGGGCAUUCGUGUGCAACAGAUGAUAUUCAAAGAUGAUCCGGAUAAGAUUCUUCAAUGUUGGGAUCAUUGGUUAAGUUCAAUUGAUUGUAUGUUUGAAAAAGCUCUUCUCAUGAAUAUAACCGAUUCUCUUGAACAACUGUCGUAUGUCAUCAAUGGUGAUAGUCAAAACAAGCCAACACCCUUUCUUACUAUUGAACUUUGUUUAAACGCAGUCGAAACAACAAUAGGAAAUAUAAAAUAUACGUUGCGUUUUCAACCAUCACUCGAACAAUUAACUGAAACGUUAAAUGAAGUAAGCAAAAUACAAUUAACUGAAUCAAUUCAAAAUUUUGGACGUCUAUGUGAUCUUUUUUCUUAUUACCCAUUUCAAAGAGAAUCUUAUCAUGUUGUGAUUGAUAAUUAUCCAAUAAAACAAAACUUACAAAAUAAAAUUGCUUUAGGUAUUAGUAAUGCAAUAUCAGAAAUUGAGAAAUAUGUUGACAAUAAUUGGUUUCAUUUUCGUCAAUUAUGGGAAGUGGAUAAAGAAAGUUUUAUUGCUGUUUAUGAAUCUGAACAUACUGACUUACAAGGUUUAGAAGCGGACAUAGCUCGGUAUACAGAAGUAGCUAAUAAUAUAAAUAAUCAAGAAGCAAUUGUUAAUCUAAAUAUGAUACAAAUCGAUUGCUCAUCAUUUAAAGUAUCAUUAGUACAGAUUUGUCAUGAAUGGCAACAAAGUUUAAUACAAAUUGUAUUGGUUCGAUUAGAAAAAGAUCUUCAAAUGAUAUCGACAUUAAUUAAAGACAAUACAGAAAAAAUAAAUAUUCUUCCAAAAAUAUAUGAUGAAAUUCCAACCUAUCAACAAUUUAUCGAUGAACUUAAGACAGAUGUAUUAAAAAUCGAAUCUAGAUUACCUUUAAUCAAUGAAGAAGUUGCUUUAUUACUCCGAUAUGAAAUUGAAAUUGAUCCUAAACUUUUAGAACAACAUCGCUCGUUAUCUCAUAUUUGGAAUAAUUAUAAAAUGUUCCUCGAUGAAUCAGUAGUCUCAUUUAAACGUAUUAAAGAAGCUUUUAAAAUUCAAUUACACAAAGAACAAGAAAAAACUGUCAAUGAAAUAUUUGAAUUACAAAAAUCUUUUAAAAUCACUGGUCCCCAUCAAGCAGAUAUACCCGUGUGGGUUGCUUUGAAUCAAUGCGAAGAAAUCGAAGAAUAUAUUAAAAACAUGGAAAAUGAUGAAAAACGAUUAAAAAUUGCUUAUCGUAUUUUUAAUUUAGAUAUGAAUUUUUCUAAAGAAUUACCAAAUCUUAAAAAGGAUAUUGAAAUACUUAAAUCUAUAUGGUUGAUAGCUAAAGAAUAUGAAGAAAUGUUAAAUAAAUGGAAAACAACUAAAUUCGAUCAAAUAAAUAUGAUUGAAUUAAAUGAUUUCGCUCAAAAUCAACAUAAAAAGUUACUUAAAAUGUCACGAGAAUAUAAAGAAAAAAACUGGAACAUUCUUGAUAAUCUUCGUAAUCGUGUUGAUACAUUUCGUCGUAUAUUACCUUUAAUCGAAUCUCUGCAUAAUCCACAUUUGCGUUCUCGUCAUUGGGAACAAAUAAAAUAUGAAACAGAAAAAUAUUUUGAUUAUAAAUCAAAUCAAUUUACACUAGAAGAAAUUCUCAGUUUACAUUUUGAAGACAAUAUUCAAUUGAUUACUGAAAUAUCAGAAAAUGCAUCGAAAGAAUAUUCAAUUGAACGAAUAUUAGAAAAAAUUGUUCAAAUAUGGAAUGAGAUGAAAUUUGAAACAGCAAUGCAUAAAACAAAUGUUUUUAAGAUAAAAGCUCCUGACGAGAUAAUUCAAUAUGUUGAAGAACAUACAGCUCAAAUCUCUACAAUAAAAGGCGCACGUUAUGUAAAACCAUUUCAACAUGAAAUUGAUUAUUGGGAAAAAUCCAUAGCUCAAAUAUCAGAACUGUGUGAUGGCUUAUUUAAUGUCCAACGACAAUGGUUAUAUAUGGAAGGCAUAUUUACUUCCGAUGAUGUUCAACGACAGUUAUCACAUGAAACAAAUGAAUUCAAACACGUAAAUGUAAUUUGGCAAGAUGAAAUUAUCGAGAAAAUUCGAGAAAAUCCAAAUUCAUUAUUUGCUGCAACGAAACUGAAUUUAUUUGAUAAGAUUCAAAAUUUAUUAAAAUAUUUAGAAAAUAUUCAGAAAAAAAUGGAAGAUUAUUUAGAAACAAAACGUUCAAUAUUUCCUCGUUUCUAUUUUAUUUCGAAUGAAGAACUAGUCGAAAUUCUUAGUCUUUCACGUCAACCUGAACUCAUUCAAAUACAUUUAAAAAAACUAUUUGAUAAUAUUAAAAGUUUACGUUUAUUAGUUAAAAAAAAUAUUCUAGCCAAUGGAAUUCUAUCCAAUGAAGACGAGCAAAUUAAUUUAAUAUCAGCUUUAUCUCUGGAAGGUAAUGUUGAAAAUUGGCUAAACGAAUUGGAACUUAAAAUGCAAAUUACCGUAAAAGAAUAUUUAAAAAAUUCUUUAAUUGCACUUAAAGUACAACUAAAAAAACGUGAUAAAUGGGUUAAAGAUUGGCCUAGUCAAUGUUGUGUAACUGCUAGUGAAAUUGAAUGGACAUCAGCAACAGCAAAAGCUUUAUUAAAUUGUCAAGCAGAUGGAAGUUUAAAACCAUUGAAAAUAUUAUUUCGUACCCAAGUCAAAAUUCUUGAUCGAUAUUCUAAUAUGAGUCGCCUGCCACUUGAUAAAAUAAUUCGUCUUCGUGUUGUUGGCGUUAUUACUAAAGAAGUACACGGACGUGAUGUUAUCGAACGACUAAUUAAAACUCAAACAAUGGAUAUUCAAUCGUUUGAAUGGCAAAUGCAAUUAAGAUUCUAUUGGGAACGACAUGAACAAAACGAAGAUUGUAUUAUUCGACAAACAAUUACGAAAUUUACUUAUUACUACGAAUAUUUGGGCUGUACAAGUCGUUUAGUUAUUUCGCCAUUGACUGAUCGAUGUUAUAUAACUCUUACAACUGCUCUACAUUUAUUUCGCGGUGGAAGUUCCAAAGGACCAGCGGGCACUGGUAAAACCGAAACAAUCAAAGAUCUAGGAAAAACUUUUGCUAUUUAUGUUGUCGUUCAAAAUUGUUCGGAAUCACUUGAUUACAAAUCGAUGGGGAAAAUGUUUUCAGGUUUUGCUCAGAGUGGCACGUGGGGAUGCUUUGAUGAAUUCAAUCGUAUUAAUAUCGAAGUAUUAUCAGUUGUUGCUCAACAAAUUCAUUCAAUACUAACAGCUUUAUCUUUGAAACAAAAACGAUUUGUAUUCGAAGGCAAAGAAAUUCCUCUAUUACCACAAGUUGGCAUUUUUAUUACAAUGAAUCCAGGUUACGCUGGUCGAACUGAAUUACCUGAUAAUCUUAAAUCAAUGUUUCGGCCAGUAUCAAUGGUUGUACCGGAUUCAGUUUAUAUAGCAGAAAAUUUUCUCUUCAGCGAAGGAUUUCAAAAAACAAGAAAUUUAGCUCGUAAAGUUUAUACACUUUAUCAAUUAUCUACGCAACAACUUUCUAAACAAGAUCAUUAUGAUUUUGGUCUGAGAUCAUUAACAGCUGUCUUGAGAUACGCUGGUGAAAAAAAACGGACAAAUAUUAAAAUGACAGAUAACGAAGUUCUUCUUUUAUCAAUGCUUGAUAUGAAUGCACCAAAAAUGACUGCACAAGAUUUACCCCUAUUUCAAAAUAUUCUUGGAGAUUUAUUUCCUGGCACCGAUCUACCGAAAAUUGAUUAUUCAAAACUAAUCGAAGCUAUAGAAAAUGAAAUGAAUAUACAUAAUUUACAAAUAACACAAAUAUCUAUAGAGAAAGUUAUUCAAUUAUAUGAAACACAUCACUCGCGACAUUCAGUUAUGCUUGUUGGUAAAACUUUAUCUGGAAAAACUACAACAUGGAAGCUAUUGAAAUAUUCUUUAACAACAUUAAAUAAGCAAGGAUUGAAUGAAUACAAUAAAGUUGUGGAAUAUCCUAUCAAUCCAAAGGCUGUUAGUUUAGGCGAACUUUAUGGGCAAUUCAAUCUAGCGACAAAUGAAUGGAACGAUGGAAUUCUCAGUACAAUUAUGAGACAAGUUUGUGCCGAUGAAAAACCUGAUGAAAAAUUGAUUUUGUUUGAUGCUCCCGUUGAUACAUCAUGGAUUGAAUCAAUGAAUUCAUUAAUGGAUGACAAUAAACUGUUGACAUUAGCUAACGGAGAACGUAUAUCAAUGCCAUCGCAAGUAACACUAUUAUUUGAAACAGAAGAUUUAUCAACAGCUUCACCAGCAACUGUCUCUCGAGCAGGCAUUGUCUAUUGUGAUUAUGAAAAAUUAAGAUGGAAACCUUAUCUAGAAUCAUGGUUAAGACAAAGAGAGUCUCAGGAUCUUCAAACAGAACUUUCAAAUUGUAUAACUAAAUAUUUAGAACCUAUCAUGAAAUAUAAACAUAUUUAUUGUAAAGAAUUGAUUCCUAUCCAUGAAUUGAAUGGAAUUAUUUCAUUAACAAAAUUAUUUGAUACCUUUUGGUAUACAAAUGAAAUACAAAUACAAAUAAAUGAAAAUGAAGCUAUAUCAGGAAGGUUGAUUGAAAUGUGGUUUGUAUUUUGUUUAAUGUGGUCUAUUGCUGCCAGUGUUAAUGAUGAAGGAAGGAAAAAAAUUGAUAUUUUUUUUCGUGAAACCGAAGGUAAAAUUUUUCUUAAAUUUGCCGACGAAAAUGUCUAUAAAAAAAUGAUAAUAGGUACAUUUCCUAAUAAAGAUACGGUAUUCGAAUUUUAUGUUGACGCACAUAAUCGGACAUGGAUACAUUGGGAAGAGCAACUUAAAGAAGGAUGGACUUAUAAUUCCGAAAUUCCGUUUUAUAAAAUAAUUGUACCAAAUGUUGAUACGAUUCGUUAUGAAUAUCUAAUUUAUAAUCUAUUGCUCAAUAAACAUCAAGUGUUACUGGUCGGUGCUAUUGGUACGGGUAAAACAACAAUAGUGGAAAAUGUUCUUAAAAAACUUGACUCAAAUCUAUAUAAUACACUAAUGAUUCAUAUGUCUGCUCAAACAACGCCAAAAAUGUUACAAGAUAUGUUUGAAAUAAAUCUAGAAAAACGAGCUAAAACUAUAUUUGUUCCUAUGAAUGGAAAACAGAUGAUUACAUUAAUCGACGAUCUGAAUAUGCCAAAUAAAGAGACAUAUGGUUCUCAACCAUCACUCGAGCUAAUUCGAAUGUGGAUCGAUUAUGAAUUUUGGUAUGAUCGAAAAACCCAGGGAAUAAAAUUCAUCAAAGACAUGUGUUUACUAACAGCGAUGGGUCCACCAGGCGGUGGUCGUCAUCAAAUAUCACAACGACUACAAAGUCGAUUUAAUCUUAUCAACAUGACAUUCCCAUUUAAUCAUGAAAUCGGUCGAAUAUUCGGAACAAUGCUUAGCCAACAACUACAACGUUUUGACGAUGAAGUGAAACAUCUUGAUCAAACAGUGACAAAAGCAACUAUUGAUCUUUACCAAACAAUUGAAAACAAAUAUUUACCGACGCCGACCAAAAUACAUUAUACAUUUAAUAUGCGAGAUAUAUCGCGUAUGUUUGAAGGUCUCUUACUAUGUAAUAGAACAACGAUUACAACUAAAGUUGAAUUUCUACGUUUAUGGAUUCAUGAAGCACAUCGUGUUUAUUCAGAUCGAUUCAUGACUAAUAGUGAUCAUGAAUUAUUUAUUAAAAUCUUAAGUGAAAAAUUAGGACUUUAUUUUGAUCAAGUUUAUCACAAUGUAUGUUACAAUCGAGAGACUCCAAUUUAUUCUGAUAUUAUGAGAAAAGAUGGUCUUUAUGAGGAAAUUCGUGACUAUGAUAAAUUAAAAUUAUUUCUAGAACAAUCUUUACAAAGAUAUAAUGAAACGUCUUUGAUGUUAGCGAUGGAUUUAGUUAUGUUUCGUGAUGCUAUUCUAAAUAUAUGUCGAAUGACUCGUGUAUUAAGACGACCACGUGGCAAUUUAUUGUUAUUAGGUAUUGGUGGUAGUGGCCGUCAAUCGCUAUUACGUUUAGCAGCAUUUAUUUGUGAUAUUGUUAUAUUUCAAAUUGAAAUUGGACGACGUUAUGGAUACGCAGAAUUUAAAGAAGAUUUACGUCGUUUAAUGAAAUUAUGUUCAAUAUCGAAUCGUGAAACUGUUUUUCUAUUUGUCGAUACGCAAAUCAUCGAUACUUUCUUUCUUGAAGAUAUCAAUGCACUAUUACAUACUGGUGAAGUGCCAAGUUUAUUCCGCAAUGAAGAUAUUCAAGAGAUUCGCAAUCAACUAUCGUCGAUAAUUCAGCAACAAGGCAUACCCGAUACAAAUCUCAAUGUUAUGCAACUUUUUUACAAUCGAGUCAAAUCUAACUUACACAUAGCAAUUUGCAUGAGUCCAUAUGGUGAAACAUUUAGAAAUUAUAUUCGAAUGUAUCCAGCAUUAGUUAAUUGUACAACUGUUAUUAAUUUUUCUGAAUGGUCACAUGAAGCUUUGAUUGAUGUAGCUCAUUACUUUUUAUCGAAAUACAAUUUUGAAUCACAACAUACGGAAAGAACUCAUCGGAUAUUAGCUCAUAUUUGUGCUUUUAUUCAUUUAUCAUCAAAAACUUUAGCUACACGAAUGAAAGAUGAACUUCGACGAGAAAUCUAUAUAACACCCACAAACUAUCUUCAAUUUGUUAGUAAUUACAGCCGUUUAUACGAAGGAGAAAAAGUCAAACUUCAAUAUGAAUAUAAUCGUCUUCAAAUGGGUAUUAUCAAAGUAGCUGAAACUCGAGAAAAAGUUGCUGAAAUCUCAUUGGAAUUAGAAAAGAAAAAAGCUCUUGUUGCACAAUUACAACGAGAAUGUGAAGAAUUUUUAGGCAAUAUUGUUGAACAAAAAAAUAGUGCUAGCGAACGAGAACGACAAGUACAAGCAUUUGGCGUACGUAUUGGCGAAGAAGAAAUUCGAUGUCAAACUAUAGCAGCGGCUGCACAUGAAGAAUUCACUGAAGUUGAACCGUUGUUGAUUAAAGCAAAUGAAGCAUUAGAACAAUUAACUAAACGAGAUAUUGGCGAAGUAAAAGCAUACAUUCAUCCGCCAAGUCAAGUGGAGAAAGUGAUGAAAGCGCUCAUGAUUUUAAAGGGCAAAGAAGACACAUGGGAAGAAGCAAAGAAAGAUUUGGCCAAUGUGGAUUUUAUUAAAACACUCACUAAAUUUCCAAAAGAUGAUAUUACAGAUCGAACACUUCGUCGUAUGCAACCAUUCAUAAACGAUAUGGAAUUAGUGCCGGAAAAAUUAAAAACAGUAUCGAGUGCUGCUACUGCACUAUGUACUUGGAUUCGUGCUAUUGAAUCUUAUGCACGUGUAUAUCGUAUUGUCCAACCGAAAAAAGACCGUUAUCAGAAAGCACUAUUUGAAUUGAAUGAAAAACAAAAUCUAUUGGAACAAUCGAAAAAUGAAUUAUUAAAUAUUCAGACAAACAUUGAAAAAUUACGUUUAGAUUAUGAAUCGAAACUUAAAGAGAAAGAUGUUUUGCAACGUAAUGCUGAUGAAACGGCUAUGUUUUUAGAUCGAGCAACAAAAUUAUUAGAUGGUGUAGCUGAAAAACGAACUAUAUGGGAUACGACAUCAAAUGAAUUGAAAGAAAAUCUUGAUAAUCUUCUAGGCAAUAGUCUUCUUGCUUGUGCAUUUCUAUCUUAUAUGGGUCCAUUUUUAUCUAACUAUCGAGAUGAAAUUAUUCAUCAAAUUUGGGAAGAAGAGUUGACUCGUAAUGAUAUUCAUUUUAAGACGGAUUUUAAUUUUGCAAAAUUUAUGACAACACCCAGUGUUAUACGUCAAUGGAAUAUUCAAGGUUUACCACGUGAUAAUUUCUCAACAGAAAAUGCUAUUCUAGCAACACGUACUUUUUCUUAUCCACUAUUUAUUGAUCCUCAAAGUCAAGCAACUAACUGGAUAAAACAAAUGGAAAAAUCCAAUGGAUUAAAAAUAAUUGAUUUACAAGUUGGUGAUUAUAUGAAAACAAUUGAAGAAUGUAUCAAAACAGGUUGGCCCUGUUUAUUUCAAAACAUCCAUGAAGAUAUACCUCAAACGCUAAAUCCAAUACUAUUAAAAUCAAUUAAAAAAACUAAUAGUACAGAUUCUAAUCUGGUUCUUCAAUUAGGCGAUCGAGAAAUUGUUUAUAAUCCAUCAUUUCGUUUUUAUUUAUCGACACGUCUUUAUAAUCCAAAAUAUAAACCGGAAAUAUAUUCAAAAAUUAAUAUCAUUAAUUUUGCUAUUAAGGAACAAGGCUUAGAAGAACAAUUACUUGGUAAAAAUAAAAUAUCAAUAUAUGUUCACAAUCUUUUUCUUCUUGAAGGUAUUGUUGUACGAAAAGAAAAACCUGACUUAGAAAAUUCGAAAGAUAAUUGUAUCGUAAAUAUUUCAAAUAAACAUAAAGAAAAAGAAAUAUUAGAAGAACAAUUUCUUCGUCUCUUAUCCGAAACCGAAGGAAGUUUAUUGGAAAAUGUUAACGUAUUUCAAGCAUUAGAUUUAUCCAAACAAUCACAAAAUGAUAUUAAUGAAACAUUAAAAAUCAAUGAAGAUCUAGAAAUAAAAAUUGAUUUAAUGCGAGACAAUUAUCGGUCCGUUGCACAACGAGCUGCCAUACUCUUUUUUGUUUUACAAGAUUUAACUUCUAUUGAUCCUAUGUAUCAAUAUUCACUUGAUGCCUAUAUUCAAUUAUUCGUUUUAUCCAUUGAAAAAAGUCCUAGAUCAUUAAAAUUAAAUGAACGCAUUGAAAAAUUAAAUGAUUAUCAUACUUAUACUGUUUAUAAAUAUGGAUGUCGAGGUGUUUUCGAACGUCACAAACUUCUUUUUUCUUUCCAUAUGUGUACAAAACUGAUGGAUGCUGAAAAUCGAAUAAAUCAUGAUGAAUAUCAAUUUUUGAUCCGUGCUCAUACAUUAACGAUUGAUCGAGAAACUCAAUUUCCUAACCCAUUUCCUGUGUGGUUAAAUGAAAUACGAUGGGAUGAAAUGAGUGAGCUUAUUCGUUUACCUGAUUAUCGUUUUUUACGCGAUUCAUUCGAUCAAUUUCCGAAAGAUUGGAAAGAAUGGUAUACAUCCGAAGAAGCUGAAAAGGCACCAUUACCAGGCACGAUCGAUUCUUUAAUUACAGAAUUUGGUCGUAUGCUUAUUGUUCGUUGUUUACGUCCCGAUCGUAUUACGCAUUGUGUAUUAAAUUUCGUUACCCUAAAUAUUGGCUCGAAAUUUGUUGAACCACCGAUUCUUCAAUUAACUUCUAUCCUUGAAGAAUCUAAUAAACGUUCACCAUUAAUUUUUCUAUUGUCACCAGGUGUUGAUCCAGCAUCCAAAUUACAACAGUUAGCCGAAGAUAAAAUGAUGGCACAAUCUCGAUAUUUUACACUUUCACUAGGACAAGGACAAGCGCCGAGAGCCAGAAAAUUACUGGAAGCGGGCAUGAAAAAAGGUCAUUGGGUGUUUUUGGCUAAUUGUCAUUUAUCAAUUAGUUGGCUGCCUGAAUUAGAGAAAAUAGUUGAACAAUUACAAACAAUAGCAGUUCAUAAUGAUUUCCGUUUGUGGUUAAGUUCGUCGCCGACUAUUGAUUUUCCAAUUUCGAUUUUACAAAUUGGUUUAAAAAUUACCAAUGAAUCACAGAAAGGUAUCAAGGCAAAUAUGAAGCGUUUAUAUGAAUUAAUAACACCAGAACAAUUUCAACGAGUGAAACAAGAUGAAAAAUAUCGUAAACUUUUAUUUACAUUAGCUUUUUUUCAUUCAAUUAUUAUCGAACGUAAAAAAUUCUUACAACUCGGCUGGAACAUUCAUUAUACAUUUAAUGAUUCAGAUUUUCAAAUAUCAGAAAAUCUACUAGCUAUCUAUUUAGAUACACAUGAUAAAACUCCAUUUGAGGCACUUAAAUAUCUUAUUGCCAUUGUUAUAUACGGUGGUCAUUGCACUGAUGAAUGGGAUAUGAGAUUGUUAAAUACUUAUAUCGAUUCGUAUAUUCGUAAUGAAGUUGUCGAAGUGACGUACUAUAAAUUAUCCUCAUUAGCAUAUUACUACAUGCCUCGCGAUGGAACAUUUAAAUCAUAUAAAGAUUUUAUCAACGCAAUGCCUACAACAGAUCAUCCAGAAGCAUUCGGACAACAUCCAAAUGCAGAUAUUGCAUCACAAAUUCAAGAAUCUAAAACUUUAUUCGACACAUUGUUAAUGGUUUUACCACAAAAAACAUCGGCUACUGUAGAAAACGAAGUUGAAAACGAGGUAGCUAAAGCAACACGUGAAAUGCUCAAAUUGAUGCCACAUGAAAUCGAUAUCGAAGCUGUAAAGAAAUAUAUGUUAAUUGAUGCAUCACCAUUGUCUAUUGUUCUUUUACAAGAAGCUGAACGAUACAAUACACUUUUGUUAAAUAUCACAAUUGCAUUAAAUGAUCUGUUGAAAAGUAUCGAAGGUUUUGUUGUUAUGACUGUUGAACUUGAUGAAUUGUUCAAAUGUAUUUAUGAAGGACGACUUCCAUAUGCUUGGCAACGAACCUAUCGAUCAUUGAAGCCACUUCCGGCUUGGUUUCAAGAUUUACGUCAACGUAUAAAUUUUUUUAAAUCAUGGAUUGAAAAUCAACGCCAGCCUAUUGUCUACUGGAUAUCAGCAUUUUCCUAUCCAACAGCUUUCCUCACUACUAUUCUUCAAAGAACGGCACGAAAAGAUCAAAUCGGAAUUGAUCAAUUGUCGUGGGAGUUUGAAGUUAAUCAAACAGAAGAUAAAUAUCUAUCGAAUAUAGACGAUGGUGUCUAUGUAACUGGAUUGUAUUUAGAAGGAGCUGGUUGGGAUCGAAAACAGGGAACAUUAUGUGAAGCAAAAUCUAUGGAACUCGUAACAAUCAUACCCACUAUACAUUUUAAACCUGUCGAGCAUAAGAAAAAAUCGGCCAAAGGUUUUUAUAUUGCUCCAUGCUAUUAUUCAUCUAGUCGAGUCGGACCAUUUAUUGUUGCAGUCGAACUUAAAACUGGUUCUAUGCCAGUAGAACAUUGGAUCAAACGAGCAACUGCAUUGCUAAUGAAUCUUGACCAUUAA